CGGACUUACUUGAAAGACGGAGUCCCCGCUGAUGCCGAGUAAAUGGCAUGUAAUGGCAUACCUCUUGUAACUAGUGAAAUGGCAGCACAGUAGGCGCGUCUCAGUGACUCUCGAUGGAGCUAUUCGGAAGCAAUUUUGAUGACUCUGUAUUUUCGGAGGCGAAAGACCGAGGCUCCGUAUCCGUGUCUUCCUAUAACGCUAAAUGCUGCGAGCCGGAGUGGUUUUGUGAAAGUGCUGCUCUCGACACAGAAGAUUCUUUGGAGAAGCAGAAAGUUUUCAAGUUUAGAGGUGACCUGGCUACGAGGCAGGGCAAAUACCAGACAGCCCUGGAUGCGUACAGCAGUUGCUUGGAGUGGAUCGCUGACAACAACCUGUCAAUCAAAAGAGAUAUUUUGGAAGGAAUGGCUCGAUGUUGCACCAGGCUGGGCCAGAGAGACCGAGCGAUGGGCUUAGUGGAUCUGCUGAGCAAAGAAGCCUCAAACACUUGUCACCUGACCAGCCUGCUGCUGCUCAAGGUCACCGUCUAUCAACAUUUUGGAGUUGUCGGAGCCAGAAUGUCGUCUCUACAGGAGCUCUGUAGCCUGCUGCCUUUUAACCCCUGGAAUUGGUACAACUUGGGGAAGAUGUGUCUGCAGCUACUGGAGCACCCCGCAACCUCUCGUAAUGGUCUCUUCGUUCCAGAGGGGAUCCUCGAGGAGAAAGGCAAAGACCCUGAAGAGCAACAUGAGGAAUUCUCUGAGGACAGACUCUGGCUGAAGGCCUGCACGUGUUUCAUCAGGACGAGACUUCUGCUCCGAAUCCUGCAGCAGCAGCAGUCGUCGUUUGUGCUGCAACGCAACCAAAAUGUCCUCCAAACAGCAGAGGAAGCAAUAACGCAUCUUAAUCUCAACCAAGCGACUCUGCUCACCCUCACUGAGGUCAUGUCAGAGGACCUGAACCCAGAGAAGAUGAGGGAGGAAUAUCAGGACGGCAAGAGUCUGUCUAGUGUUUGUGUGCAGAGCUUCGGGGAGCGCUGGUGGAAUAAGAUCUUAAUGAGUAGGGUUCUGGAUGCUGAUGGACGUCGCGGGCCAAGCGACACCAAGUCGUGAUGCUUCCGUGUUGUCCACUACAAAGCGUGGUGAACCAAACAAAAAUAACUGGAUGGAGAAGUUGGGCUUUUUUGCACUGUAAUUUAAUAGGCUGCCUAAAUGUAAUGUGUGCCUUCAUAUAAAGUGUGUCACUGGAUGAAAUAAUUCUCAGAGAACUGAGAUUUUAAAGCAUAUUUUAAAAUGUAGACAUGUUCUAUACCCAAAUGUUAUGUAUAAAGAUGUUUUUAAAGGCACAA